CCCACAAUUGUGAAACACGAGCCUAAAUCCGUAGCCAAACAACUGCCUGGGUAGCUAAAAACCUGUUCGGUUGGACUAUGUUAGAGAAAACGUGCUUUGACGUUGGAAACCCGUAAUACGGUCCGAAUCACGGUUCCUGCCCAGAGAAUCUACUCUAAUCAAAAAGCAUCAUGUCCGGACGCGGUAAGGGAGGCAAAGUGAAGGGGAAGGCAAAGUCCAGGUCUUCCAGAGCGGGACUCCAGUUCCCGGUCGGUCGUAUCCACCGUCUGUUGCGCAAGGGCAACUACGCCGAGCGAGUCGGUGCCGGCGCUCCCGUCUACUUGGCCGCCGUCAUGGAGUAUCUCGCUGCCGAAGUUCUCGAGUUGGCCGGCAACGCUGCCCGUGACAACAAGAAGACCAGAAUCAUCCCUCGUCACCUCCAGCUGGCAAUCCGUAACGACGAAGAGCUCAACAAGCUGCUCAGCGGUGUCACCAUCGCUCAGGGCGGAGUACUGCCUAACAUCCAGGCAGUCCUGCUGCCCAAGAAGACAGAGAAGAAAGCAUAAGCUGGAACCUCGUCGUCGAGCGCAAAAAACGGCCUUUAUAAAGGCCACCACUUAUUCUGUCGUUUUUACACUAGCUAUACCGUCCACGUGUGUCAUCUCCAAUUCAUUUGCUGUUCACAUUAUUACCUACUCCGUUGGUUUGCCGUCCAUCGUUCAGAUGUUGACAUGAUUAACCUUCGUCAUUUGCAAGUUAAUUGAAUUCAGGUAUAUCAGUUAAAAUACAAUAUUCUUAAGAAAUACGACCAAAGGAGCGCAUCUUAACACUCUUGUUGAAGAUUUAAGACACCAAGUACCAAAUACUUGCAAUCAAAACUGAACA